AUCUCCCAUUUCUGCAACAAUUGAGGGUACCAGAACCUCUUCUUCAUCCUGUGGCCAUGAGUCAGAGGUAUGAGAUUCAUCAAUCAACACAAAGAUCCCCAGGAUAUGGUCCACAGGCAUCUAAGCGCUUCUCACACCAAUCCUCAAGGAAACGGCCAAUAGGACAUUCAACAAUUCUCUGGGCAAACUUCAAGGUCCAAGUUUGUGACUUUGAUACCUCACUUGGGAGCCCAAAAGGAUCUCCAUGCUGCAAGAUAGAAGGAUCUCGUGUUUGUACAGGAUCCAGUAGAUUAAAACCCACUCUAUCAAUAGACAUUAAAUCGGAUGCUAGAGGAGGCAAGACCAGGAGGGCGGGAGCAACUCCCAGAAGCGACCAUGCCAUUUCGGGGACAAUUGCGUUCUAAAUGGCCCUUCUCAUGACAUUUAAAGCAGCGACCCUCAGCUAUUAGCUCAUUCUUUGUUGGCCCAGAUGAGCUCUGUCCACUAGAGGAUGGCUUCAGUGGCCUUGGCUGAUUAUUUGGCUGGCUGUUCUUGAAUCAUGGUGGUCCACCAUGAUUACUUGGCUCA